AUGGCUCCCCAAUCGCUCCUACGGGCCGCCCUCGCUGUGCUCCAGCUCGUCGGUGUCUUCGCCACGUCGGUCAGCGGACAGAGCGUGGCAGCCAGGCGAUCACCUUGGGCUGAUACCGUCACAGGUUUCGCACCUGACGUGAGUCUUGCGGAUGACUGGAACGCCUCCUACCCGCAGUAUGAAGGCUUCUCCUCGCCUUGGCCUGCCGUCCACAACAGCCGGGCAGCUCGAAGUGCCGAUGGCAACGAUACGGAGCUGGAGGACACCAGCUCUGCCCUCCCGCGCAGAGCCGCAAAGGACUUCUACCUUCGGGUCAUGCCCCUGGGUGCAUCGAUCACGCAGGGAGUACACUCAAGCGACAAUAACGGCUACAGAAAGUGGAUCAGGGAGCAGUUGCGAUGGCAGGGUUGGAAGGUGAACAUGGUUGGGUCGGUGCAGACGGGCACGAUGAAGGACAGGGACCACGAAGGCCACCCUGGCUGGGUCAUCACGGAAACCGGGCAAUACAACGGCGUCCAACAGGCCUGGGACGCCGCUAAAUGGAUGAAGCCCAACUUGGUCCUCCUGAACGUCGGCACAAACGACUGCAGCAACAACAUCGACCUCGACCACGCCGGGGACCGGAUGGAAGCCCUGGUAACCGACAUCUUCAACUCGGUGCCCGGCGUGGUGGUGAUCAUGUCGACGCUGCUGCCGAGCCCGGGCGUCAAGGACUGCGCGGCGCGCGUGAGCGCGCAGUACCGCGCGGUGGCCAAGAAACUCCAGAACGGCCGGCUCGCGCUGGCCGACUUCAACGCGGCCAUGAGCGGCGACGCGUCCAUGUUCAGCGACGACCCGAUCCACCCGAGCGACGCCGGAUACAAGUUCAUGGCGUCCGUCUGGUGGGACGCCAUCGCCAAGGUGCAGGACGCCAUCACGGCGCCGCUCGACAACGGCAAGGACGACGACGCCGGCGCGUCCGCCACCUGCGCCAAGGUCGCCGGCGUCUCGCGCGGGCCCGUCCUCACCCAGCAGGGCUCCGGCCACGACGACGGCGGCUACGUCCACAGGUCCCAGCCCCGCGGCGUGCUGCCCAGCCUCAGGUUCGGCAAGCCGGCCGACAAGUCCGAGGCCAGCCAGAUCCCAGGGCUCAUCUGGUUCGCUCAGCUCACCAACCCCGGCAACGUGGACCGCGAGAAAGCGUUGGACGACUGGAACGAGUAUUGGUUCCGCGAGAACCUGGGCAACGGCAACUUCGCGGACUCCGUUGCGCUGGAUGUCGGACUGAACUGUGAUGACGGGGAAGCCGACUUCUGGUGCAUUGGAAGCAAGACAAUCUCGGUUUCCAUCAACAAGAGGACAAGGCCGCCCACGUUCACGUCCAUCGGCGUGGUCGUCCCGGAUAUUGCACCCUUCAAAGCGUCCGAUGUCCGGAUCGCCGACAUCGACGGCGACGGCAGGGCGGACCUCUGCUUCGUGCAUGACAACGGUGAUAUAGGCUGCUCGCGGAACGGGGGGGUGGGCACCAACCACUACUGGCAGGGCUUCUCCACCGCCGACGGCCUGCGCGGCAUUGUCUUCACCGGCAAGCAGAAGGGGAACAAGAACGGAGUCCGUCUAGCCGAUCUUAAUGGGGACUUCCGAGCCGACUGGAUGUGGAUUGGCGAUGAAGGGGACGUCGACACCUACAUCAACCAGCGUGGCACUGGCGCCGGCAUUGUUCCGCAGUGGACCGCCGCCGGCAUCACCCACGCCGGUUUGAACACGCCCAACACGGGGGACAGGAUCGUUUUCGGCCGCAUCUACGGCUCGAACCGGCUCGACUACGCCCACCUCAAGGAGGCAGACGACCACUACGACAUAGAGGUCUGGGAGAACCUGGGCGCCGGAGGGACAAAGCUCAAAGCCGACGGAGUGUUCUACUGCGACAUGACGGGCAGCGGCAGCGACGACUACGUGUGGAUCUACAUGGACGGGCACGCCGACGCGGCCGACUUCUUCGCCAACAUCCACUCUCCUCCCGACUGGGGCCACAGCAUCACCAUCUCGCUACGCGUGCCUGGGCCGCGCAUGGGCAUCCACCUCGCCGACUGGGACGGGGACGGCCGCUGCGACGUGCUCGUGCAAGACAAGGCCACCGGGGCUCUGACGAUGUGGCACAACGAUUAUGAUGCCAAGGCCAAGAAGCUCCAGUUCAGCAACCAGGGCGUCAAGUCGGGCGCGGCUCGCUGCACCGAGGGGUGGGGGGUCGGCAUCUUCGACCGCGGGCUCCGUCUCGCCGACAUCGACGGCGACGGGCGGGCGGACUACCUGUGCAUCCAGCCGGACGGCACGGUGACCGCGUGGCUCAACCGGGCGGGCGGCAUGACGGACGCCGGGCAGGUCAAGGCGACGGAGGGCUUCGACCGGGCCAACCUGCGCUUCGCCGACGUCGAGGCGUCCGGGCGCGCCGACCUGAUCCACCUGGACAAGUACACGGGCGCGGCGACCGUGUUCAAGAACGACGGCUACCGCCCCGGCGACAGGGACAAGAACCGGGGCAGCUCAUUCCACUGGACCAACCGCGGCGUUUUGUAUGCGCCUAUCGACCGCGGUGAGAACAUGCAUUUCGUCAACUUCGGUGGCCUCGGACGGGCCGAUCUGCACCAUACCUGGCCCGACACGAACAAAGUAGGUCGCCCACCUAUGGCUGUCACGGAGCGAGUGCCUUUGGCGCAGACAGAGGGCAAAAGACGGGGGGAAGGGAAACAGAAAUGGAAACUGAACACGGCGGACCGGCAGGCCGAAACCUUCUUCAACGAGUGCGGCGGAGCCGGAGGGGACGACGGGCCAGUCGGUGAGUCGGUCCAAUAUCCCCCCCCCCCCCCCCCCCCCCCCCCCCCGCAAUCCGUGCCCAGACUGUAG